GGCCGGGGAAGGCGGGCUCUGCGGCGCCGCGGUCCCCAGCGCCUCCGCUCGCGGCUGUGCGGAGGUCUCACCAUGCCCUGGCGUUGCGCGGUGUCGGCGGGGACGCGGCUGAUCCGGAGCGGGAGCGGCUCUGCAGGGCGGCACAGCGGGGCGGCGGGAGCCCACAGAGCUGCAGGAGCUGCGGCCCCUGGGAUGGGAAACAGCACAUCAUCAUCUUUGGGGAAGUCAGAAACUACUCCUGUGAACCAAAUCCAAGAAACAAUUUCUGAUAAUUGUGUAGUGAUUUUCUCAAAAACAUCCUGUUCUUACUGUACCAUGGCAAAAAAGAUCUUCCAUGACAUGAAUGUCAAUUAUAAAGCAGUGGAAUUGGACAUGCUUGAAUAUGGGAGCCAGUUUCAAGAUGCUCUUCACAAAAUGACUGGUGAAAGAACUGUUCCAAGAAUAUUUGUCAAUGGAACUUUUAUUGGAGGUGCAACUGACACUCAGAGGCUUCAUAAAGAAGGGAAAUUGCUACCACUAGUUCAUCAAUGUUAUUUAAAAAAGAGGAAAGAAUUUCAGUAAUAUUUAAGGUUCUCACUGAAAACAGUUGUGAAAUCAGAGCAAUAGCAGGAUGGAUGCUUCCAGCGAAGGUCUCAUUAUCGGUGAAUACAAUGAAGACAUCAGCAGCUGUGUUUGUCUUCUGAGCCCAAAUUAUUGGAAGAGAGCA